AUGCAGUCGCACACGUUUACCCGAAGUCGGGGCGUUCCGAUCUACAUGAACGGAUCGGUGUCGCAUCAGCGAUUGUACGAUCGACUUUCCGAGGUGAGCCACAAUAGCGGGUUUCAUUUUGGACGUUUCGCAACCGAGAGAAAUUUACUGGUUGCGAAAUGCAAAAUUGAAAAUGUCAUCCAACUUUCAAGGACCACACUGCAUCAGCGAGAGGUUAUACUGAAAAAUUGUCAACUACAAAAUUGUAGUACAUAAUGUAAACUGUAUUUUUGUAAUUGACAACUUUUCUCUACAGCCACUCCUCGGAGUACUGUAGCUCUUGAAACUAGAGGCUACCUAAACGCGUUGAAAUUUCAAUGCCAACUUCCAAGCGCUACAGUACCGCAGGAAGUGGUCGUAUCAAAAAAGUGUCAACGACAAAAACAUAGUACUAGAUGUCAAGAUAACCGCCAAAAAGUUUUGGAGACCAUAAAACUCUUGGGAAGCCUACAAUACUCGUUCAAACUUUGUCAUUUUCAAUGUUCUGUUCAAAACCAAGUUGCACGGCUCAAAGAGCUCAAAAAGUGUGAAAGAAAACAAAAAAAGACGUUUUAUUUCUUGUGUUCAGCCGUCGACAUCCCGUCAACUGCCCAGAAGUAUCUCAUUAGCGCCGGCGCUACAAAGAGGCGGUGCCAGAAGGGAACGCGAACAGAUUGACGUGAGCGCGAGUACUGUAGGAUUACUGUACCCGAUUUUUUUCAGAAUUCUCUGCCGCCCACGUACAUUGCGCGUUUUCACGACGAAGGAGCCGUCCGUCGCAUGUCCUAUCGCUCGGUUCCGGGCACCGAUAUGCGGAUAUCGAAAAUUGGCUUUGGUGAAUUGACAGUUCCACUAAAAACAACUACAGUACUUUGGGGAGCGGUUGUACAGAAAAAGUGUCAACUACAAAAGUAUUCGCCAUGUCUAGUACUGUAUUUUUGUAGUUGACAACUUUUUUGUAAAACCACUCUCCGAGGAAAUGUGGUCCUUGACGCGUUACAAUAUCAUGCCCAACUUCCAAGCGCUACAGUAGCCCAGAAAAUGGUGCUAGAAAAAAGUGAUCAACUACAAAAGUGUAGUACUAGAUGUGAAGAUUUCAGAAAAAAAAUUUGAGGCGCAUAGCACAGCUAGUAACGCUACAAUAUCGAUUCAAAGUUUGCUGAGUUUCAGGCGCCGCCGCCAUCGGCGGAAUGUUCGGAAACGUCGAGGAUUCGAUAACGAGGAUAGUGGAAACGGCGCUAAAACAGGGUACGGGCUACUGUAGGACGUUUUUGCGGAAAAAAAGCGCAAAAAGUUUCAGGUAUCAACUACAUUGACACCGGCUACUGGUACAGUCAAAGUCGAAGUGAAUCGAUACUCGGAAAGGUUCGCGUUUUUUGUUGCUUUUGGACACUUUGCAACUCUUCUCUAGAACUUUCGAAACCAGUUGCAAAGUGUCCGGUUGCAAAACGUCGCCGGCUUACAGGCGCUGUCGAAAAUGCCGCGAAAAGCGUACUACAUCAGCACAAAAGUGGGCCGAUUCGAGUUGGACUACGCGCGCACGUUCGAUUUUCGCGCCGACAAGAUUCUCGAGGCGCUGACGAACUCGCUGAAACGGCUCCAACUCACCUACGUCGACAUUUGCUACGUUCAGGUCCGAGAUGUUGGGAAUUCCGUGUUCCGUGUUCCGUGUUCCGUGUUCCGCGUUUUUUUUGCAAUAUUUUUUCCGUGUUCCGUGUUCCGUAAAAAUUUCCGUUUUCCGUGUUCCGUGUUCCGUAGAAAUAAGUUUUUUUCCGUUUUCCGUGUUCCGUGUUCCGUAAAAAAUUUUUCCGUUUUCCGUGUUCCGUGUUCCGUAAAAAAAUUUCCGUUUUCCGUGUUCCGUGUUCCGUAAAAAAAUUUCCGUGUUCCGUGUUCCGUGUUCCGUAAAAAAUUUUUUCCGUGUUCCGUGUUCCGUAAAAAAAUUUCCGUGUUCCGUGUUCCGUGUUCCGUAAAAAAAUUUUUUCCGCUUUCCGUGUUCCGUGUUCCGUAAAAAAAUUUCCGUGUUCCGUGUUCCGUGUUCCGUAAAAAAAUUUUUUCCGCUUUCCGUGUUCCGUGUUCCGUAGAAAUAAGUUUUUUUCCGUUUUCCGUGUUCCGUGUUCCGUAAAAAAAUUUCCGUGUUCCGUGUUCCGUGUUCCGUAAAAAAUUUUUCCGCUUUCCGUGUUCCGUGUUCCGUAAAAAAAUUUCCGUGUUCCGUGUUCCGUGUUCCGUAAAAAUUUUUCCGUUUUUCCGUGUUCCGUGUUCCGUAAAAAAUUUUCCGUUUUUCCGUGUUCCGUGUUCCGUAAAAAAUUUUCCGUUUUCCGUGUUCCGUGUUCCGUAAAAAAAAAAUUUACCGUUUUCCGUGUUCCGUGUUCCGUAGAUGAAAAUUUUUAUUCCCAACAUCUCUGGUUCAGGUCACUAAAAGUGGUUGUACAAUAGCGGAACGCGUCCUCGUUUUGUUUUCAGAUUCACGACUCGGAUUUCGCGCCGAACGAGUCGAUUGUGUUGUACGAGACGUUGCAGGCGUUGGAGAUGGCCAAAUCGUCGGGAAAGAUCCGACACAUCGGGCUGACCGGAUAUCCGCUACGCAAAAUUGUGUACGUUUCGCAACCAGCACCGGAAAAACGUGUCCUUGAUUUCAGACAACUCGUUGACUGCUCGAACACGAACAUUGACUUUGUGAUGACGUACUGCAAGGGCACACUGAACAACAACUCGCUGGGCCAGUUCACCGCCUCGUUCCAGACCCGAAACAUUGCCGUCAUCAACUCGGGCGCGCUCUGCUGGGGACUGCUCACCGAAAAAGGACCGCCGCCGUGGCAUCCGGCGAGCGAUGAGAUACGCGAAGCGUGCCUCGCCGCCACCACCUACUGCUCGGUUCGUCGUUUUUGCGCGUGAAAAUGAGGAAAAAGAAGGCAAAAGAGGGGUGGGGGGGAUUGAACUUGAGCAAAACCGCAGCCGAUUGCUGGCGCCACGCUUUACCACUCGGCCACGCGCGCCGCUGUUGCCAGGCAACGCCCAGGCCGUAUACAUAAUGGCUGCCCCCCGGGCGCCGCGCGGCAACCAACGCCAAUUUGAAAUGUAUUAUUUCAGAGCAAAAACAUAAGUAUAUCGAAAUUGGCGCUCGAUUACGCGCUCAACUUCCCCAAUAUCGUGUGCUGUCUCGUCGGAAUGGACAGUGUCCAACAGGUGCUCGACAAUUUGGAGCUCGCCAAUCACUCGCGCAUCACCGACGUCGAGCAAAGGGUCCGGGAGCGCAUCAUGAGGAGGUUGUCCCCAUUUUGAGCCAAAACGCGGCGAAUUCUCAAUAGAGCGCACUUUUGCAGAUACCUGGACCGUCUCGAAAACGCCGGUUGGGAGGGCGUCGACGUGGCGCAGUACUGGAAAAAGCUGAAAAAGUUGGGACUGACGGCGCUGGCCACGCACCGCCACUCUUCUGUGGAGAGCCUCGCGAGCACCCUCAACGGAUUCUCGCUCUACUCGUCCAACUCGAGCUCCGAACUGAGAACGCCGCGGAGAAGACGAGCCCCGUUCUGA